UCUCGUGGGGCAGCAGCCACUGGCUGUCUCUGUCCCAGUUAAGCUUCAGAGACCUUGGGACUCAAGAGCCGUGGUCAGGAAGAAGCUCCUGAGAGGAACACGGAACAUUGGGAAUCAAGGACACUCCAAGUGCUGACCCGGGGAGGCCAGAACCAGGAGCAGAAGUCUUGUGGGCAUGCGGAGUGUCAUUCAGCAGUUCCAGGAAGCCUACCGCCACCAGUUCACCAUGGUCCUUGGCUGGCUACUGCUCCUGGUGAUGGCUCUGCCCACAGUCAUGACAGGCAUCAAGAUGUGCAUCUUCUGUGAUCUGACUGACUCAUCCUCGAACUGCCCCGGCAUCCUCAUGACCUGUGGCGACAACGAGCAAUGCUUCACUGGCCAAGGAAUGAUUCCCGGUCUCGGCCCUGUCACCAACAAAGGAUGCAUGCUGUCCACUUCAUGUAGCCGCCGUGUAGAGCCUGUCAUCUACCAGGGUGUCACCUACAAGUUCAACUCCACCUGCUGCAAUGGCGAACUGUGUAACCGGGCCCCCACCCCCGCAGGCAGCCUGAAGGCGGGGGCCACCUGUCUGCCACUGGGCGUGCUGCUGCUGCUUCAGUGACUGUGACCAGGUAGAGGGCAGGGCCUGGGACUGGUUUCAAGGCUCCGCUGCUCCUUGUGACCCCUGCCCCUCCUACUCCCUCUUCCCCCUUUUCCCUUAAAUGACCAGAGGC